ACGGUAGAGACCUCCGCUCUGGAACUCAAAGGAGGGUUACUUUAGGGGCUGAGCUAGUGGUGGGACGCGGACGCGUAAAUGCUGCCACUACCAACGGGACGUUUUUGGCGCGCUGUGCUCUUGCGGACCUGCAGCGCAAGGCUCUUGGGGCACCACUGGGCUUCCGGCGGUCCGGGUUGCAGGUGGAACCCUCCUGUCGGAGCGGAAGAACUGCGGGGAGAGCUGGACAGAUUCGGGGGCGUCUCAGUGCGCCUUCCGCGGCUCGGCGCACUGGACCGCCUGGACGCCGCCUCAUUCCAGAGGGACUUGCAGGCUGCAGUACAACAAUGGAGAUCAGAAGGUAGGAUAGCGGUAUGGCUGCAUGUUCCCAUCCUCCAAAGCCGAUUUAUUGCCCCUGCUGCUUCCCUGGGUUUCCGCUUUCACCAUGCAGAAUCGGAUUCAUCCACGCUGACACUGUGGCUGGGAGAGGGACCCAGCAGAUUACCAGGAUAUGCUACCCAUCAAGUAGGAGUUGCAGGAGCUGUAUUUGAUGAAAAUACUAGGAAAAUAUUGGUUGUACAAGAUCGAAAUAAAUUGAAGAAUAUGUGGAAGUUUCCAGGGGGCCUGUCAGAGCCUGGAGAAGAUAUUGGAGACACAGCAGUUCGAGAAGUUUUUGAAGAGACUGGUAUAAAAUCAGAAUUCAGGUCCCUCCUGAGCAUCCGGCAACAGCACACUGAUCCCAGAGCUUUUGGGAAAUCAGAUAUGUAUAUCAUCUGUCGCUUAAAGCCACAUUCAUUUACCAUAAAUUUUUGCCAGCAUGAAUGCUUAAGGUGUGAAUGGAUGGAUCUCAAUGACCUGGUCAAGACUGAAAAUACAACUCCCAUCACCAGCAGAGUUGCUAGGCUGCUGCUCUAUGGGUACAGAGAAGGAUUUGACAAGAUUGAUUUCACCGUGGAAGAACUUCCGGCAGUUUACACAGGCUUGUUCUAUAAACUCUAUCACAAGGAACUGCCAGACAAUUACAGAACCAUGACAGGAAUGGAUUAAAUCCUUUUCAUGUUUUAAAAAAUUGUUUAAGAUCAGGAGUAGAAGAAGCAGGCACAAAGAGUGAAAAAAAUCAUAGUGAUCAUAAAGGUAACAUGAAUGGUCAUCACUGAGCUUCACAGGCUAGUUCCCCAGAGGGAGACUUAAGCCACAUCAUUCAGUCAUCAUUCUGGACAUUGAUUUUUGAGUGUUGGGUGCCCUACCUUGCUAAGCUGGCAUUCCCUACAAUGCCUGGCCUAUUGAGAUACAUACCAUGCCAACAAUAUCUGCCUUCUCAGCCAGUUCCUAGUACUUCAGAGAAAAGCAAAAGUACCAGUGAUUAAGUAGAUAAUACAUCAUAAAACCACUUUUUUUUUUUAUAGAAGUUACUUGUAUCUUUACAAAAACAAAGGGGAGAGGAGGAAAACUUGCAUCUGUGCUGAAUGUUCAGAUACAUAAAUUUACUAAACUAUUACACACUUGAAAACAAACUACAGGGGCGCCUGGGUGGCUCAGUUGG